AUGCCCUCCUUCUCCAUCGAAGUCGAAGGCGAAGUCAACCCGCUCACCGAGCACCAGCUUGUCCAAGUCCUGAGUUCUGCUGCUUCUUCAGAUCCAACACAAAUACAGUCCGGCACGAAGCAGCUACAACAAUGGGAGCGCUCCCCUGGCUACUACAAGCACCUGCAAAGCGCAUACAUCGACACUCGACUUCCUGUGGAGCUUCGGUAUCUUGCUGUCAUCCAGCUCAAGAAUGGCAUCGAUAAGUAUUGGCGCAAGACCGCGACCAAUGCUGUGUCGAAGCAAGAUAAGGAGGUAAUUCGAUCACGUCUUCUACCAAGCAUCCUGGACGAGGAGGACGAACGGCUGGCUCUGCAAGAUGCCCUUGUUAUUGCGAAGAUAGCACGAUUCGAAUACCCUCACGAAUGGCCAGAUGCACUAUCAUCGUUGGUCGACGUACUUCGAUCGCAAAGCCAAGGACCAUCUUUACAGCUGGCCAGAACACUUCUCGCACUACUGGCGAUCGUAAAGGAACUGUCGACUGCUAGAUUGCAGCGUUCAAGACAGAACCUGCAAGCUGCUUCGCCUGAGAUCGUCUAUGUCCUCAGCUCAUUAUACGUCAACGCGGUCGAGUACUGGCAGAACAGUCAUAGUGAGAGUGCUGCCAAGCUGGCUCUCAUGGCUAUGAAAGUGCUAAGGCGACUUUUGAUAACAGGCUACGAACAUCCUGGUCGACACGAUGAAGUCGUGAGAAUCUGGCACACCACGCAGCAGCAUCUUCAGACAUGUCUGCAACAUCGUGAACUUGAGAAACUGGCGCUGCAACUUGCGAAGCUCCAUCACGAGAUGACUCGUGAGCAUCCGGCCUCAUUUGCACUUCUACCCAACAGCAUGGACCUGGCACGUGCUUACUGGGGCCUUGCUCGUAGCUUUGGCGAGUCAAUAGGCACACAUGACUGCGUCCAAUCCGCUGUUGCAGCUGAUCUCAUCGGCAUGGACGGCGACGCGGAUGAGAAGCCAACGACGGAGAAGCUGGCGUUGCGCGGGCUGCUAAUCCUACGAGCAUGUGUGAAAAUGGUGCACAGUCCAGCACAGACGUUCAAAUACCGCACGCCAGAGGAUAAAGAAGAGAAGCGCAGGGCCACUGAGCUUGUACGACAAAGUCUACUGUCAUCACGAUUCGUGCAGGAGAUCAUGGAGGUCGUGGUCUCGCGGUUCUUCGUCUUCCGCGCCAGCGAUCUUCGCCAAUGGGAGGAGGAGCCGGAAGAAUGGGAGAAGCGUGAAGAGGGUGAUGGUGAGGACUGGGAGUUCUCAUUACGCUCAUGCUCUGAAAAGCUCUUUCUUGAUCUCGCUAUUAAUUACAAGGAUAUGCUCGUGCAUCCCCUCCUGCAGGUGUUCUCUUCGGUCGCUACAAUCAAGAACGAUAAUGUGCUGUUAAAGGAUGCACUGUAUACGGCUAUUGGUCUUGCCGCGCCAGUAGUCUUUGAGCAGCUGGACUUCGACGCCUUCAUUCGGGAUGUGCUUGUUGCGGAAGUGCAGAUGCAGAAGCCGGGAUAUAAUGUCCUUCGCCGUCGAGCCGCGAUCUUGCUUGCCCAAUGGAUCGGCGUGAAGAUUACAGAGCGAGGGCUAGUAUAUCAAAUCUUUCAGCACCUGCUUGGUAAGGAUGAUCCUCUCAAUGAUCAGGUCGUAAGAGUCACAGCAGGCCGCCAAUUUGCCACCAUCGUUGAUGACUGGGAGACUAGACCAGAUGAACUCCAAAUUUAUGCACAAGUCAUCAUCAGGCAGCUCAUGUCCUUGAUCGAGGAAGUCGAGCUCACCGAGACAAAGAUGGCGCUACUCAACACAACCUCCAUCAUCGUUGAGCGCAUGGAACAUCGCAUUUCUCCCUUCGCCGAGGGCAUCGUGAGCAUGCUUCCCGCCCUAUGGGAAAGCUCAGGGGAAGAACAUCUCAUGAAACAAGCCAUCCUCACCAUUCUUGUGCGCCUGGUCAACGCUAUGAAAGCACACUCGGUACCUUUACACAGCAUGGUCCUCCCUAUCAUCCGUGGCGCUGUUCAGCCAGGCUCGGACACGGAAGUCUAUCUUCUUGAAGACGCUAUGGAUCUCUGGGGUGCCAUCAUCACGCAGACGCCUCAGCCGGCUUCGCAAGAGGCGUUGGAGCUUGUGCCUUCGCUCUUUCCGGUUUAUGAGUUUGGGUCGGAGCAUUUGCGCAGUGCGUUGGGGAUUACGGAAAGUUAUGUUCUACUCGCUCCAGAGUUCAUGCUUCCGAGGGCUGUGCGCGAGCCGUUGCUUAAGGCGCUCGUGGACUUGCUUGAUGCGCUUACUGGUAAGCCUGAGCCGCAUGGGCUUGUCUGCAAAGUAGUGGAACAGUUGAUUAGGGCUGCUGAACGAGUGGAUGGAGUGGGCGCUAUCCAGCCACUGGCUGAGAACAUGUCUCGAACCAUCCUCCCACAUAUCCUGCGCUGCCUCCGAAGCAGCUGGGUAGCCCACUGCACUACUGGCCCGAAAGCGAAAGAUCCGAUGGUAGACGGCAUAGUAGAAACCGACUACUUCGUCGUCCUUGCCCGACUUAUCCUCGCAGACCUCAACAGCUUUAGUAGCGCUGUCGAAGCCGGCUCUCAGAGCAUCCUCAUCAACGGCAGCCCAGCAUCUCUAGACGAAACCAUGAAGUGGCUUUUGGAAGAAUGGUUUUCUCAUCUCGAGAACAUUGGCGACCCAUCGCUUAGAAAGCUGAUGGCACUCGCGCUGACAAAACUCCUCGAGACUAAUCGCCCGUUCAUUCUGCUGAAUCUACAGAGUCUGAUGACGAUGUGGACAGACGUAAUUGUGGAGUUGCGCGAAGCGUCCGAGGAUGCAGGUAACGGUGACACCAUGGCUGAUUCGCUUGUCUAUGGGCCUGCGCCUGCAGCUGAGUCGUUGGAGAGCCCGGAGGAUGCGAGGAAGAGGGUGUUGACGUGUAGUGACGAAGUGCAUACGAUUGGGCUACCGGGGUGUGUGACGCAGGCUUUGGGAAAGGUGGUGGAGGCGUGUGGUGGGAUGGAGAGGUUCCAGCAGGAGUGGCUGAUCAAUGUUGAUGAGGAUGUCGUUGCCGGUUUUACAGGGCUGGGGAUCAUGUGA